AUGAUUCUUGAGAAAACAGUGGAUAAGUCUAGGAAAGAUUGGUCUACAAAGCUUAAUGAUGCUCUAUGGGCCUACCGCACCGCAUUCAAAACUCCCAUUGGCACCACACCAUACAAGCUUGUUUAUGGGAAAUCAUGCCAUUUGCCAGUAGAACUUGAGCAUCGUGCUCAUUGGGCCAUCAAAACAUUGAAUUUCAACCUUCAAAAUGCCGGUGCAAAUAGGUUGCUUGACCUCCAUGCCUUGGAAGAAUUAAGGCUGGAUGCAUAUGAGAGUACACAGAUUUACAAGGAAAACACCAAGGUUUGGCAUGACAAGCAUAUUAGUAAAAGGGAGUUUAAAAAAGGUGACAAGGUCCUACUAUUUAAUUCCCGGUUGAAGUUGUCUCCGGGUAAGCUCAAGUCAAGAUGGAGUGGACCUUUUACUAUAAAGGUGUUUCCAUAUGGUGCAAUUGAAAUUUCGAAGCGAAGGUAUUGA